AUGAUGGCGGAACUCGGCGUUGGCGCGAAUGUGGCACUCAUUGAACGCUACUUGAUUGCACACUACGGCGCAUCGACUUAUUUAUGCUGGCCGGAGAACGUGUCUGAACUCAUUGACCAGGCAAAACCCCUGAAAACAGCGCACUACCGCGACGACCGUACGAAACCCAAAAAAUGGCGUUCUAUCGAUCCUUCGUUUAUCGCCUGGCAGAAAAUUUUGUCCAACCACAGCAGCACUUACCGAGACAAGGUACACAACAGGAAACAGCGUGCUUAAGUCUGCUGAUUCUGGUAAAGGGGCAAGACCUCAUAAAUGCCAGCGAAGCCAAAUACGAAUAAUACCCCCUCGAUCAUUUCUGAUUUUGACUUCAGCCAUUUUCUUCGCUCCCCAGACACCACCACGGAUAAUCGAAUGCUAUACCAGAUGCGUCCCAAACGCCCACGCUUACCAAGCGACUGUAAUCGCUCUCGACACCGCUUGUUACGUCAUCGUGCGCACACGACAGGCUCACAAUCUCGCCUACCAGCGCGAAAUGCACGUGCACGCUUAGCAAAGUCACUACCCGCGCACCGAACAUAGGGUCGCACGAACACGUCCAUAGUCGAUUCCGAGAUCACACGGCACCAACCAACACGGAUCUCGCCUACCAGCGUGACACACACGUGCACGCUUAGCAACGGCACUACUCGUGCACCUACACGAGGACGUGAUCUCCAUCUACCCAUAGCCGAACCACACUCUUCACCUUUACGGACCUUUAAGGCUCCAAUUGACUGCAACUUUGUGUUGCCAGCGAUGUAGUUCAGUUGGAUGGGACGCUCAUAGAACAUGAAGACGACUUCAUCGCUACAGCACUUAGAGGCUGGCGCCUAAAACACAGCACUAUGCAUAUGUACAUUUAUUUUCACCCCCAGAGUUACUGGUUCCCACGCUACUUUCCGAUCUUCGGCGUGCAUGUGGGACAGGCACGCCUCGAUACUCUUACCUCGCACCGCAACGACUCGUCCUGUUUCC